AUGUCAACAUCAAGUCAAAAUAAUGGGAAGAAGAGUUCCAACAGCUCUAUUGUCAACACACCUUCCAGUACUCCUGUCACACACAUAGCCAAUGGUAGUACACAGAUGAAUGUUCAAAAUUCUCCUCCUCCAAACAAUGCUCCUAAAUAUGGCACCCUGGUACCGAACAGAAUCUUCGUGGGCGGCAUAUCGGCGAACACCACCGAAGGCGAGCUGAUGCAGCUGUUCAGCAGCUACGGCACGGUCAAGGCGGCGAAGAUCAUCCAGGACAGGGCCGGCGUGUCCAAGGGGUACGGUUUCAUCACCUUCGAGAGCGAGGACGACGCGAAGAGGCCGCUGCGGGAGGCCGAGAACAUCCCUUUCAGCCGAGCCUUCGACGCUUCCAGUCCGACGGCGGUGGCGGCCGGCAAUCCGGCCCCUUUUUUCUUUCCGCCCGGGGCGGCGGUGCCCUACUUCCAGGGCGGGGUGGCUUACUAUCCGCAGCCCAAUCCCGCCGCUCCUGGCGAUAUGAACGGCCAGCAGCCUGUGUACCAACCUCCUGCAGUGUAUCCGACACAAACCGGCCCACCCCAGACUGCCGCUUACCCUUCUAUGAUGUUCCCAGCACAGACUAUCUACAUGCCCCAGCAAUAUCCCAUGCCUAUGCCGCAAAACAAGUCCAGAAUGAUCAACAAAGACCAAAUAUUCUCUGAGAAACAGCUGUUCAAAGUAAACGAAGGUUGCAAAUUAGAGAAGAAGGAUUUGUGA